GUCUUGGAACAGCUGCAGCCGGCGCUGGGCCCGUCUGGAAUGCGGGAACAGGCUGCGCACCAGGACUUUUAUGGAAACUUGCUGCUGGAGCGCAGCGGCGGCAGCCAGAGGGCCCCGGGCGGCCGGAGCAGCGGGUGCAGCGGGUGCAGCGGGUGCAGCGGGAGCAGCGGGUGCAGCGGGAGCAGCGGGUGCAGCGGGAGCAGCGCGCAGCGCACACCGGGAGGAGGAGGACGGCGCACCGGUACGAAAAUAUAUAAAGCUUUAGCCUGCAACCAUACAGACCAAGGAUGAAUGAUAUUUCACAAAAGGCAGAGAGUCUGCUUUCUUCAUCUAAACCUGUCCCCAAAUCCUAUGUGCCAAAACUUGGCAAGGGUGAUGUAAAGGAUAAGUUUGAAGCCAUGCAGAGGGCCAGGGAAGAAAGAAAUCAAAGGCGAUCUAGAGACGAAAAGCAAAGAAGAAAAGAACAAUUUAUUAGAGAGAGAGAAUGGAACAGGAGGAAACAGGAGAUUAAAGAAAUGCUCGCUUUUGAUGAGGAGGAAGAGAUAUCUUCUAAAGCAGAAAAGGCCUAUGUUCCAAAGCUAACAGGGACCGUUAAAGGUAAAUUUGCUGAGAUGGAGAAACAAAGACAGGAAGAAGAAAGGAAGAGAACAGAGGAAGAACGAAAACGCAGGAUAGAGCAGGAUAUGUUGGAAAAGAGGAAAAUACAGCGUGAAUUAGCAAAAAGAGCUGAGCAGAUUGAGGACAUAUACAAUUCGGGAACUGAAUCAACAUCAGAGGAAGGAGAUGAUUCACUGCUUAUAACAGUGGUACCUGUCAAGUCACACAAAACAUCUGGAAAAAUAAAGAAUUUCGGAGCUCUAGGAAAAGGAGGAGAAGAGAGCGUAAGAGCGACUUCUGAAGAUAAAAGAGGCUAUGAGGGACACUGCCGCGCUCUCAAGGAAGCAAAGUGCCUUUCACUGGUUAUGGAUGAUGAAACAGACAGUGAAGCAAAAAAAGAAUCACUUUUUCCUGGAAAACUGAAGUUAACUUUUGAAGAACUGGAGCGACAAAGGCAAGAAAAUCGAAAGCAGCAAGCUGAAGAAGAGGCAAGACGACGUCUGGAAGAAGAGAAGCGUGCUUUUGAAGAAGCCAGGAGGCAGAUGGUAAAUGAGGAGGAGGAGAACCAAGACACAGAAGAAACUUUUAAAGAGUACCGUCCUGGAAAACUCAGACUCAGUUUUGAGGAACUAGAAAGGCAAAGGAGAGAAGACGAGAAAAGGGAAGCAGAGGCAGCAGCCAGAAGGAGGAUAGAGGAAGAGAAGAAGGCAUUUGCUGAAGCCAGGAGAAGCAUGGUAUUAGAUGAUGAUUCCCUAGAAAUGUAUAAAACAAUCUCUCAAGAAUCUCCUACACCUGGAAAACUGGAAAUUAAUUUUGAAGAAUUACUAAAACAAAAAAUGGAAGAAGAAAGACGACGAACAGAGGAAGAACGAAAGCACAAGCUGGAGAUGGAGAAACAGGAAUUUGAACAACUGAGGCAAGAAAUGGGAGAGGAAAUAGAAGAAAAUGAAACUUUUGGAUUGAGCAGAGAAUAUGAAGAAUUAAUUAGAUUAAAAAGGAGUGGUUCUAUUCAAGCCAAAACCCUAAAAAGCAAAUUUGAAAGAAUUGGACAGUUGUCUGAGAAAGAAAUACAGAAGAAGAUAGAAGAAGAACGAGCAAAAAGGAGAGCAGUUGACCUUGAGAUUAAAGAGCGAGAAGCUGAAAACUUCCAGGAGGUGACUGCUGAGAAGCACCAUCAUCACCAGGGGAACCAGAUGAUGUUGGCUCAUACAGGUUGGAGAGGUGCAGUGAAUAAACUGUUUUGGGAAGAAGACGUUGAUGUAAAACCUCCAAAAAAAAGCGAGGCUCCAUUUACUCACAAAGUGAACAUGAAAGCUAGAUUUGAGAGAAUGGCUAAGGCAAGAGAAGAGGAGGAGCAAAGAAGAAUUGAAGAACAGAAGCUACUACGAAUGCAGUUUGAACAGAAAGAAAUAGAUGCAGCGCUACAAAAGAAAAGAGAUGAUGAAGAAGAUGAAGAAGGGAGCAUCGUGAAUGGCUCCACUAUGGAAGAUGAAGAAGAAGCCAGAUCUGGAGCUCCAUGGUUCAAAAAGCCCCUAAAAAACACAUCAGUUGUGGACAGUGAGCCAGUUAGAUUUACUGUUAAAGUAACCGGUGAUCCCAAGCCAGAAAUUACAUGGUGGUUUGAAGGAGAACUAUUGCAGGAUGGAGAAGACUAUCAAUACAUUGAAAGAGGAGAAACUUACUGCCUUUAUUUACCAGAAACUUUCCCAGAAGAUGGAGGAGAGUACAUGUGUAAAGCAGUCAACAAUAAAGGCUCUGCAGCUAGCACCUGUAUUCUUACCAUUGAAAUGGACGACUACUAGGCUUCCUUCUCCCCUCGGGAACUUUCUGUCUCUUCAAUUUUCUUACUACACCAUCUUUUCUGUGGAGGGGGCAAAAAAGGAGACCAGAGGUGCCACCACGCUGACUUAAUUCCUUUUACUAAUCUGCAAAAUAGAAGCUCAUCUAAAGAAUGCCUUUUCCAAAACAUUACCAUGUUGUGCAGAAGUCAAAAUGUAUGACAGGAAUGGCAAAUUUAUUCACUUUGUUAGAACUUAAAAAUACAGGCUUUAUAUUUUUCAUGUUUAUAGCAAUUAUAGUACAUUACUUUGCAUGCAAGAAUUUAUGAGCUUUUACAUCUAAAAUUAUUCUGUGGUAACAGAUGAAACUGGAAUCUACCAAUUUAUGUGGCCCUCUUUUCCCCGACUAGUACAUGUGUACUUUCUGGUCUUUUGAGAUGGGGAACCCUGUAGCCACAGCUAGCCUGGAAUUCGCUAUGUAGACCAGGCUGGCUUCGAUCUGAGAUCCGCUUGUUUCUAAGUGCUGGGAUUAAAACUAUGCGCCACCACGCCUGGUACUGGUGCAUAAUUUUGCUUGAUGUGGUUUGUCUUUCUGAAGCAUAUAUGCUGAUGGAGAGGCAAAGCAUUCUUUUCAUGGGAAAGAAACCCAGAAAGAA